AUGCUCGAAGCACUGGUUGCCAUCGGCCUUGCUGGCAAUGUGAUCCAGUUUGUUCAAUACGCGGGCGAAAUGAUAUCGCAAGCCAACGCUAUUCGCAAAAGUGGCAGUCCAUCGUCGCUUCCCGACCUCAGAAAGCUCACGGAAAGCUUGACAAAGCAAGCUUGUAUCAUUGAAGGCCACCUUGAAGCACUUAAUGCUUCUCAAUCAAUUACCAACGAGGGCAACGCUGCAACUCCUCGUUCCCAGGAAGAUCAGCAUCUCCUCGAUGUGGCCUUGGACUGUCGCAAGACUGGAGAUAAAUUCCUAGCCUACCUCGAUACUCUCUUCGAUCCUACAGCCUCACGAAACAUAAUUCGAAGCGCAAAGUUGAGCGUCAAGUUCAAAUGGGCGCAGCAUAGAAUCGACGAGUUCGCAUCAAAGCUGGACAAGUUUCGCAGUGUCCUAAGUCUAGCAACGAUCCUUGCCCUUCGAGUAAAGACAGACGACCACAAUCAAGUAAUACUAGAGCAUCUGCAGGCGCUAAAGACGGAUAGCCAAGGACGAGUUCUCCAAGGGUCUGAAGGCACAAGGGCCCUACAGGCCCUCGUCGACAUCAUACAGUUACAGUCGGGGCCGCGGUUAGAUACCAUUCAAUCUGAGAUAGAGAAGUGCCUGAAGAAGAUAGAUGAUUUGAGAAGGAAACUGCCUCACACCGCAGAGGAUGACAUUCUGCGAUGGCUCAACUUUCGUCAAAUGUCAUGGCGAUACGAAGAAGUCCCAUUACCAUACCAGCAAACGUUUCAAUGGAUCUUUCAGCCAAGUCGCGACGGUUUAUGGGACGAUUUCAACGCUCAUCUCACCCACCAGAAUACUGUUCUCCCAUACUGGAUCAACGGCAAGGCAGGCAGUGGAAAAUCGACUCUUAUGAAAUUCGUAGUCGAUGAUUGUCGAACAGAGGAAGCGCUGAGAAGAUGGGCUGGCGACAAACAGCUCCUUGUUGUUAACUUCUUCUUCUGGAACUUGGGGACGCUCUUGCCAAAGAGCAAUGUUGGCAUGCUACGGUCUUUGAUUCAUAGCGUGCUUGAGAAGUACCCUGAACUCAUUCCUGCAGUAUUACCAGAGCUGUAUCGUUCUUGGAAAGACUCUGGACCAAACUCUGAUGCUGAUCGCGAGCCCUCUCAAAUUGAGAUUAAAAAGGCAUUCGACCUAUUGACGUCGAAAACGUCAGGAUUUCUCAAGUUGUGCAUCUUCAUCGACGGCAUCGACGAAUUCGAAGGAGAUCACAAAGAGAUGUCCAUGUUCUUGAUCUCACUAGCGGCCGGUGGAAUCAAGGUUGUCGUCUCAGGUCGCCCAAUUAGCGCUUGUAUAAAUUCUUUCCGCGAUUGUCCUACCCUGAGAUUGCAAGAUCUCACAAAACCCGACAUGGAGCUCUACGUGAAAGGUAAUUUGUCUUCGCAUAGGUCGAUGGUGGAGCUUAUCCAGAGAUUUCCUCAGCAUGCAAACGAUAUAGUCAAUGAGAUCAAGACCAAAGCGACAGGUGUUUUCCUUUGGGUCAAAAUUGUUGUCCGACUCCUGGUCGAUGGAUUAGAAGAAGGCGAUGAUAUCGCCGACCUCCAGAAUAAACUUCGACAGCUCCCUCCGGACCUGAGAGAUCUGUAUAUACGCAUGAUGGGGAAGAUGCAGCCUGAGCAUCAAGCACAAGCGGCUGAGAUAUUUCAACUUUUCCACGCAUGGAACUUGUCAAUCGUGGACCAACCACUCCGUACACUUGUCAUGUCCUUGGCAAUGCAACCGCCAUCUGAAGCUUUAGGCCGUAAGGUUGAGCCUCUUGAAACCGACACAAUCCAGUGGCUUUGUCAAAAUGCAGAAGCGCGUAUUCGUAGCCGAUGCUGCGGACUAAUUGAAGUCCACAAGAAAGUAAGAGAAACCUGUCUAAAUGAUUCUUCAGCAACGCCUUCGUAUAAUCAAGCUCCCAAGGCAGGGUUGCAUUAUCUUGUCUCAGAUGUUGACACGGAAUCAACCAUUGAAUUUUUGCACCGAACAGUUGCAGAAUUCCUCAUUUCUGGCGACGUGUGGAACGAAAUUUGCGAGAUGACGAAGAACUCAACUUUCAACGCAUACUUCAACUUCGCUUGUGGGUGUCUCUCCUUAUUGAAGACACAAGAUGUUCACCUCAGCCCUUCCUUGUACACACAUCUCGAUAACAUCAUGGCAAUCUGUCGAAGAUCAACGUCAAUUUCGGAUCGUGAUCUAGGUCAAAUCUACGACUCUAUAGAGAGUACCAUGCAACAACACCAGUUCCAGUGUUAUGAAUCGCGAGAACCCUUCUACAGUUCAUUGCAUUGGUCGGCGGACUUGUUGCUUGUAACUACAGUUCCCACCUCUAACCAAUCAGUGCGAUCUGCGGCAAACGCCUUUAAUCUUGCUGCAAGACUGGCUCUCUGUCAGUAUCUCAAGGCAUUCUGUAAUUUUAACGACUUGCCUUAUCUUUCCAGAUUUUGUAUGGUCCUACAUGCUAUGGAAACUUGGAAAAUCUCUACGGUUUCUCUCUGUGACCGUUCCGAUAUGUUACUCUUCCUUCUUGAGAAUGCUGCCAAACCAGAAGAUUCAGGCCCAGAUUCACGCCUUGAUACCAAUCUGUGGGCAGUUGCAUACACGAUCUGCUCUGAAUUAUUGGAGGAUAACAAACAUGUGGAAGCCGCCGAGCUGGUGAGAAUUUUUCUCGUAAAAGCUCGCUCUCGACGCUCUCUUAUGGCAACAAAGGUUGGAGAGGUUGGAAUCCUCUAUCCCUCGACUCUCAUUAGGAGAAUAAAAUCCUUUGAAAAAACUCUUGGGACCGAACUUGAAGAGCUCAGGGCUUCCAAGGGUCCUGCUCGUGGACUGUCGCGAUAUUUCAGGGAUAUGGUAGCUGCAGAAUCCGCCAAAAGCAGCGCCGGCUCGUAUAUUUCUACUUCGCAGAACCGUACUACUCCCAACAACCCAGACUUCAAGCUACCAUCAGUGUUCUCGACGAAGAUAGAUACUUCGCGGAGAGCGGGAAGUCCGAGGAACAGACGCGGAAAUAAGUUCAAAAUCCAGCACGACUGCACGUCAAGUCGAAUUCUUCACAACGGUGGUCCAAUCAAUACUGCAUUCAACAAUACCGCCAUUACGCCAUCUUCGGAGGCAUAUGUAGUACCUCCAAUCUGCCCUUUUGGAGACCACAAUAAGUCUCAGUUCACCUACGACCCCAUACACUCGAAUCAAAUGUAUCAACAGUUUCCUAUGCAGCAGUCUCAGCACCACAAACAUCAGUACAAUAUGUCGUUCAGUUCAUCACAAUUUCCCAAUAGCUUCUCUCCUUUCACGGUUCACCAGCCAAGACAGACUCCUCACAUGACCCCAAAUAUGUCUCCACAUACCACCAUUCAGUUUUCCAAUCAAAUGCAGCAGCAGCAGCAGAUGAAAACACCCAUCAACGCACCAACAGAACCUUCAUCACAUCGUCGUAAACGAUUAGCACCUUCCAGCAUGGGGAAGGGACCUCCAACUCCAAUAUAUCCUCUCGAGCAACAAGUAUCAGAUCUGUCUCCACAGACCACAAUUCAAAUGCAACAGCAGCAGAUGAAAGCACCCAUCAACGCACCAACAGAACCCUCAUCACAUCGUCGUAAGAGAUUAGUCCUUUCCGAUAUGAUCAAUGGACCUCCACGCAAACAGCGCUUCGUGCCCACUACACAAUCACGAUAG